CAGUCGCCUUGUGCAGUACGUUCAAGUUGUUCAGUGUUUGCCGUAUCGUAACGCAUUCACCUCUCUCUCUCUCUCCUACUCGCCUGCCUCUCGCUACACGCGCACACGAACCUUCCAGACCAAUCCGUGUCGGGUAGAGUCCACGAGGAAAUAUCAAAAAAGUGAAAAUCGAGCACACCAAAGCGUGCUAAAGCGCCAUCCACCAGCAACCACCGCGAAGCGAGCGUUAAUUUUCUUCACUUGUGCCUAUUUUGUUUAUCGUAUGUCCAUCCAGAAUCUUAAUACAUUUGACCCAUUUGCUGAUGCAAUAAAGGGUGCAGACUACGAUGUGCAGGACAAUCUCGUGCACAUAAGAAUUCAGCAGAGAAAUGGUCGCAAGACAUUAACCACUGUUCAGGGGCUGUCGGCGGACUAUGAUCUAAAGAAAAUCGUGCGGGCAUGUAAGAAGGAAUUCGCAUGCAAUGGCACUGUAAUUGAGCAUCCGGAGUACGGCGAGGUUCUGCAGCUGCAGGGUGACCAGCGGGAGAAUAUUUGCCAGUUUCUGACGAAAUCCGGGCUCGCGAAGCCGGACCAGUUGAAGGUGCACGGUUUCUAAAGCGCGCCUCGAAGCAAAGCGAACGAAAGGCGUGGUGUGUGACAAGAGUCGGGGGGUAGGAAAGGCAGCAGGAAAACACGAAACACUUUAUUCCACUCGGCCACCACCGUUGAGCUCCGCAAUUACUGCCCGGUUCACACCCGCCCACGGAAGCCGCGACCUUGUAUAUUCUCACCAAAAUUCAUCUCAGCAGCAGCAAUUGGAAGUUCCACCGCAGGAAGACGAACCGCAAUAGAUCAAAUUACAACAAUAGUGUCACCUUUCACUAUCGGAACCACCAACACCAUCUACUCACCACUCGGAAACCGUUUUCGCGCGUCAUCAACUCAGCGUGAGCGUGUUAUUCGACUUGAUUUCUCCUUCUCCAACCCUACACCCUUGGGCCUGUGCGAUUUUCCAGCGAAGGAAUCAGACACGAUCACCACGUACAUCAUUAGCACGACCCGCCCGCCCCUCCUAGUGGCGUUCUCUCUCCUUCAAUGAAAGUUCCCAAACGAAGUGCAGCAAUCUCUCCGGAGCAGCAGAAGCAGCAGCACCAGCGGCGAGGCGGACGAUCCGUCGUCUUCGCUUCGCCCGGUGAUUCGUCUCCGGUGUCAACCGUCUCGCGGUUGACAUCGGCCAUGAAUCGCCGAAUGCAGUAAGCGCGGACGCGAGGCACACGGAGAGCUAGAGAGAGCGAGAGAGAGAGAGGGGUGUAUGUGUAGGGGUCGGACUGAAUAGUAGAAGAAGAAAUUAUAAUUGUGGGACUAUUUGUGAAAACACUUUUGUAGCAAUGCUAUACAAUCUUUUGAACAACAACAGCGCAUCGAAAGCUUUCCGCUUCGGAAGGAGGUCGAUUGUGAAGAGAGCGUACAGCGGAGCAUUACAUUUUUUUUGUCAUCUAAUACCGAAAUAAUAAUGUAAAGCAAAUAGCCAAAUUACACCUGUUUUUAUAUAUA